AUGUCACGCAACAACUUAUCAGGGCAGAUUCCAGAAUUUAUGGGCAAGUUUCCGUUUCUUCACUAUCUCAAUCUUUCUUAUAAUGAUUUUGAGGGUGAAUUGCCUAAAGAAGGGAUCUUUUCAAAUGCAAGUGGUCUCUCAAUUAUUGGAAACAAUAGGCUCUGUGGUGGCCUCCCAAACUUACGUCUACAUGCAUGCUCCAUCAAAAAGUCCGAUUCACCUCAACGACUACUUGCCCUAAAGGUAGUCAUCCAUGUAGCUUGUGCACUUGCCUUCAUAAUUGCUCUGUCAUGCUUCAUUCUUGUUCGUUCAAAGGUCAAGAAGUCGAGAGGUUCCCUUACAACUUCACAUUCUUAUCAAGGUUGGAAAUCAGAUUUAUCUUACUUAGAACUCGUUCAAUCAACUGACGGGUUCUCAGUCGAGAAACUGAUUGGUUCGGGAAGUUUUGGUUCUGUUUACAAAGGAGUACUUCCUAGUGAUGAGAGAGUAGUUGCUGUUAAGGUAUUAAACCUUCAACAACCAGGAGCUUUCAAGAGUUUCAUUGAUGAAUGCAAAGCUUUAAAAAGUAUAAGGCAUCGUAAUCUUCUCAAGAUCGUAACUGCAUGCUCAAGCAUUGAUAAUCAGGGUAAUGACUUCAAAAGUCUAGUUUUCGAGUUCAUGGAAAAUGGAAGUCUAGACUCAUGGCUGCAUCCUAAAGAUGAUGAACAAUAUCAAAGUAAGAGAUUAAGCCUUACCCAAAGACUCAAUAUUGCGAUUGACGUUGCUUCUGCUUUAGAAUAUCUCCACUACCAUUGUGAAAAGACCGUUGUUCAUUGUGAUCUAAAGCCAAGCAAUGUUCUUCUUGGUGAAGAUAUGGUUGCCCAUGUUGGCGACUUUGGUUUAGCAAGGCUGCUCUUGGAAGCAUCAGAUAAUUCCUCCCAAAGUCUAACCUUGUCAGCUGGGCUAAAGGGUUCCAUAGGGUACAUUCCUCCAGAGUAUGGCAUGGGAGGGCAAGUUUCCAUCCUCGGAGAUAUUUAUAGCUUUGGAAUACUGUUGCUAGAAAUGUUCACAGGAAAAAGACCUACAGAUGGCAUUUUUGGAGAUGGUAUGAGCAUUCACCAAUUCACAGCCAUGGCAAUGCCUGACCAUGCCAUGGACAUAGUUGACCAUUCAUUUCUCAUUGAAAGAGAUUUUGCAGAUGGUGAUGAUCAAAGAUACAAAAAUGACAUAGGCUACCAAGAUGACAGCCCCAUCCUUGAAACAAGAUUGGAGGAGUGUUUGGUUUCAGUGAUGCAGAUAGGAUCUCAUGCUCUGCAAUAUUACCAGCUGAGCGGAUGCAUAUGGAUGUUGUUGUCAACAAAAUGAAGGAUAC